AUGGCGAUGCAGCAGCGCGCCGGCGGCGAGGACCGCGUGAGCGCGCUCCCGGACGCCACGCUCACCCGCAUCCUCUCACACCUUGACACCCAUCAGGCUGUUCGCUCCAGCGCGCUGUCCCGGCGCUGGCGCCAUGUGUUCACCACAGUCCCCGUCGUCCACCUUAGCGCUAGACCUCGGCCGCCCGGCUGCCGCAAGGCGCCCGUCCGCAUCGAGCACAUGGUGAAUAGCGUGCUCCUCAACCAUGACUGCACCGCUCCCAUCCGCUCUUUCCGCGUCAUCUGCCUCGGAAGCCCACCCUCCGACAUCCUGAUCGACCAGUGGAUCGCCACGGCCUUGUUCGCCGGAGCGGAGAAGCUCGACCUCGACCUGCCGCCACGAGUGACAGAGCAGCCGAUCUGGCCGCACACAGGUACUAGUGUCGACGAAGCGCCAGAUGUGCUAACGGAACUGUCUUGCAGCAUGCCUCGCUACCUGUUCCGCAGCAACGCCGCCGACGCCACGCUGCGCCACCUCCGGCUUGCGAGCUGCAAGCUUGACCUGCCCGAGCAGGCCCUCUUCCUCGGCUCGCUGGAGACGCUGUGGCUCCGACGGGUCAACGCGCCGGGGGAGGCGCUGCAGCGCCUGGUCGCCGCCUGCCCUCGUCUUGCCGAGCUGACGCUCGAGGAGUGUCCGACGGUGAAGCGCAUCUCGGUGGCACUCCUCCACCUCCGGACAUUCAAAAUCCGAUGCUGCCACAACGCCACGCGUGUCUUCGUCGACGCGCCGUCGCUGCAGUCCCUCGGGUUCAAAGGCAGCGUGGCGGGCUGCUCCGCGCUGUCGUUACCGGACUGGGGAGAAGUCGCGCUGGCCGUGGACAUCUGCAUGCCGUUCCUGGAGAGAUGCACCAACCUGACAUCAGUUAGCCUUUCCGCCCAGCAGCAGCCGCCCUUCUUCCUCUGGCACCGUGCGCGGCUGCCGGGCCUCACGCACCUGGAGCUCAGGGGGCCCUUCCGGAACCGUGGCCACAUCGCCGCUCUGGCUAACAUCCUCGAUGACACAACCGGCCUCGAGGUUCUGACCCUCGCUAUCGACCGUCCUCAGGUCAACGAAGCAUCAACCUGCAGGGUGAUCAAAGUGCCCAAGGAUGUUCGGCCUUCCAAUGCCGAGUGCUUCCGUCGCACGCUGAGGAAGAUCCAACUGGUCAAGUACAGCGGGACUACCACGCAGAGACGGCUCGCUUUGUUCCUGCUCACCAAGGCCGUGCGCGCGGAGGAGCUGCACGUUACUUUCGCUACCGGCGUCGGAGGAGGAUCUGAAACUGAUCAGUUCAAGAAAGAGAUGGAGGGAUGGAAAAGAAAUCCAAAAACUAGAAUUAUCUACCAUGCGCAUGGAUGA